UUUUCUUUUCUUUUUCUUCUCUUUUCUGCAGAUGGCCCGCGCCGCUUCUUCCCGUGCCGCCAACAGCCACGCCGCCGGCACUUCGAUCGGUAGCCGCCGCUCAUCGCGCCACCGCCAGACCACGACGAAGAUCCCCUCGGACGCGGCGACCAGGCCUCGCACGCAGACCAUACCAGCCUCCUCGCCGGUCACAGCCCCUUCCGCGCGUUCCUCCUUGCCGGUCACAGCCCCUUCCGCGCGUUCCUCCUCGCCGGUCACAGCCCCUUCUGCGCGUUCCUUCUCGCCGGUCGCAGCCUCUCCAAUGCCGACACCGCCGCCGUCCACUUCCUCGCCAGAUGCAACCAUGCGCCCGCAUUCACAGAUGAAAGGUAAGGUUCCUAUUUAUGACUUAAUGAGUGAUGAUGAGGAAGAAUGGGAGGUAAAACCUGAAAUCCUGAGGCAACUCCAAGAACGAAAAAUGCAACCCAGAACCAUAAAAUUAAUCGUGGAAGCUUCGGAGGGCAGCAGCGAGGACACAACCUCGAGUGCCAGUGAAGAAAUCCAGGCUGAUUCUCCUCCAAAGAAAAAGCAGAAAAAAAGGAUGCCCAGAAUAGCUGGUGGAAAGGCCAGAUAUCUACCUGCAGAGCAAGACCUUCAUGGCAAUUUUAGCUUUGUCGGCGAUGAUGAGAAUUUGUGUUUUGUCCUCCAGGUCCUAUCAUUCCACCACGAUCGCGUUUAUUUCGGACAAAGGACCAAUCACCUUCAGCCUCAGCCUCCCCAGCAGCAUCUCUAGAACCUAGUGAUCAAGCCCGCCUAGCCAGACUUGAGGCAAAGAUGCACCAUAUGGAUACCAAAUUGGAUGUCAUUCUCUCUCACUUGGGGUUGCCCAUACCCCAACCACCAGCAGCCUGAGUUCUAUGCGACUUAUUCUUAAGGGAAGUUCUCUUUGAUUUACUUUUAUUUUCUUUUGUGCACUUCCCUGUUUAAUUGAAUUUUUUCCACAUUGAGGACAAUGUGAGGAGUAAGUGUGGGGGAGAUGUGGUAUGGAAA